UGUAUGUAUUCAUUACUGCCCUCUCUGUUCCUUUCGACACUGGUGUCCUAUAAAACACUUUGUGUCAACCUUCAUUUCCCUCAUUCACAUGCUUCUCCUUUCUCUUCCUUUUUCACUUGCUUUGCUUCAUCACAGUCCCAAAAAAUCAUUUCUUGCUUCCUUUUUCUCUUUUCUCUUACAGUCUUACGCACAAACACACACAUACAUAUUUUGUAUAUGUUAAAAGUUUCAUAAACCUAAUCUGGGUUUUGUUCCUUUAAGUCCAUUUUCAUCUGGGUUUACUUCAUUUCCUUUACGUUCAUUGCUCAAAGUUUUAGCCUUUGACGUUUGCAGAACUUGAAACUUACACUCCAACCACAGCCAUUUCUUUAAUCUUUGGCGUUGCUUUUGGGUUUUGGUUUUUUAUUUAUUUAUUUACUGGGGUCCGCCGAUCACAUGGAGAUGUCAACGGUGUUAAUGGUCUUAACAGCAAUUGCGGCGUAUUUAAUUUGGUUCAGAAUAAUCACUCGGUUUCUGAGUGGUCCACGUGUCUGGCCUCUAUUGGGAAGCUUGCCUGGUCUCAUACAUCACUCAAGUCGCAUGCAUGACUGGAUCACAGACAACCUUCGCACGUGCGGCGGCACGUACCAGACCUGCAUCACUGCAAUCCCAUUUCUAGCUCGGAAGCAAGGCCUCGUGACUGUCACGUGCGACCCCAAGAACCUGGAGCACAUCUUGAAGAACAGGUUUGAUAAUUACCCCAAGGGUCCCACGUGGCAAGCCGCGUUUCAUGAUUUGCUCGGUGAUGGGAUCUUCAACUCUGAUGGCGACACGUGGCUGUUCCAGCGUAAGACAGCCGCACUGGAAUUCACCACCAGGACUUUGCGACAAGCCAUGGCUAGGUGGGUGAGCCGAGCAAUUAAGCUUAGGUUCUGUCCAAUUCUGGAGACCGCUCAGCUUGAAGGGAAGCCGGUUGACUUUCAAGACCUUUUGCUUCGGCUCACUUUUGAUAACAUUUGUGGUUUGACUUUUGGUAAGGACCCACAAACUCUAUCUCCUGACAUGCCCGAAAAUGGCUUUGCUUUGGCUUUUGACAGAGCCACUGAAGCCACUUUGCAGCGUGUUAUUUUGCCUGAAGUUGUAUGGAAGUUGAGGAAAACGCUUGGGCUCGGAAUGGAAACCAGCAUGACCAGAAGCCUUGGACACAUAGAUAAAUACUUGACCGAUAUCAUCGAGACGCGUAAGAAGGAGUUGCAGAGUCAGCAACAAGGUGGCAGUGGGAUCCCACAUGAUGACUUACUCUCAAGGUUCAUGAAGAAAAAGGAGUCUUACUCAGAAGAAUUCCUACAGCACGUGAUGCUCAACUUCAUCCUAGCUGGACGAGACACGUCAUCGGUCGCGCUGAGCUGGUUCUUCUGGUUGGUCAUUCAAAACCCAAAGGUGGAAGAGAAAAUCAUCACUGAAAUCUGCACCGUCCUGAUGGAGACACGUGGCAAUGACACCUCCAAGUGGGUGCAAGAGCCCCUGGUGUUUGAAGAGGUUGACCGAUUGAUGUACCUUAAGGCAGCAUUGUCCGAGACCCUUAGAUUGUACCCAUCUGUGCCUGAGGACUCAAAGCAUGUAGUUGCUGAUGACAUUUUGCCAAGUGGGGCUUUUGUUCCCAAAGGGUCGUCAAUCACAUAUUCAAUUUACUCAAUUGGUCGCAUGAAAUUCAUUUGGGGGGAUGAUUGCUUAGAAUUCAAGCCUGAGCGAUGGUUAUCCUUAGAUGGGUCAAAAUUUGAGGUACAUGAUUCUUAUAGGUUUGUUGCAUUUAAUGCUGGUCCAAGAAUUUGUUUAGGGAAAGACUUAGCUUAUUUGCAAAUGAAGUCAAUUGCGGCGGCGGUGUUGUUGCGCCACCGCCUGAUGGUGGUGCCUGGCCACCGUGUGGAGCAAAAGAUGUCAUUGACAUUGUUCAUGAAGUAUGGUCUCAAGGUUAAUGUGCUCCCAAGGGACUUGAAGCCUAUCUUGGAAAAGGUUUAUAUUGGUGACACACGCGGUAAAACGGGUCUCACAAAUGGUGGGGCUGAAAUGGUGGCUUGAUUAACUGUGAAUAUGAUACAUGCUACAGCUAUAUACUAUAAUAACAUGUAUUAUGUGAUUCAUCAUGACAAAUACCUUCUUCGGUCUUCGCUUCAAUUCCAUGGUGAAGCUAAAGCAAAUGGCAGUGUCAUGAGGGUUUUGUCAUGGUAAUGUCCGUUAGUUUUUAUAUUCAUAUAUAAUUUACUAUAGAGGAAAGAAGAGAGGUAAGUGAGUCAAGGUUGCAUAUAUGAUAUGUAGAAAAAAAAGAAUAAAGAAAAAGAGGAGGUUGGGCGUAUGGUGUCGGCAGAGGAAUGAGAGCUGUUACCAAAGGUUACACAUUUGACUAAUUCUUCCUUCUUAUGAUGCAUUAAGUAUUGAUGCAUUUAGAAUAAUUGUAAUGCUUCAAGAAAUAAAGAGAAUAAAAUAUGAAAUCCAAAUUAUGUUGAACUAGCAAAUA